AACAAAGAUAGAGAGAGAGAGACAAAAAUUUCUCGGUUAUGUUAUUAUUAUUAUAAUAAGAAGUUAUAAAAAAAGUGUUCAGCUACUAUGAUCUUUUAUUCAUUCCCAUCGUGAAUGAUUUUUUCCAAUUGGAAUAAAGAGAAAAAUUUAACAGAAGAAUUAAUUGAUCGGGCUAUGAUAAAAGGGCUGGGGAAAUAAUUCUCGAAUCUGAUCGAUUUAACGAACACAAUUUGCACGAAUUUGUGCGUAACAAAAUGUGACGGACGGGCUAAUUGAACGUUUAUUAAUCCUGUCGAAAUAUUACGAAUGACUGAAAACAACAAAUAUAUAUAUAUAAAAUUAUAUGUAUAAGAAUGUAGAAAUAUCUGACUGAUUUGAGAUUCUAAAAAAAUGACGAAAAUACCUACGAAUAUUAGAGCAACAAUGAUCGGUAGGUAAGAAGAAGAAGAAGAAGAAACAAAAAGGGACAGGAAACUGUUCUCCUUCCCCCAUUAUCAGCAUCAGGAUCAGCAUCAGCAUUAGCCGUUAAACAUAAGAAAAAAUAUUGAAUAAUUCUACGAGUAUUUCUCAAUUCACACAUUCUUCUUCCGAUAUAUAUAUUUACGGCAUUAAAUAGAAAAUGAACGAAGAAAAAGAAAAGAAGAAAAAUAAUAAUAAUAAUAUAUUAGAAAUAAUCGCAAAGACUGGUCCUCUCGUAAGUGUCCUUAUUUCGAGAAUCCUCUCAUAAUAAUCGCAGUUGUCAUCGCGUAUAUCUCAGUCAUUAAAAAAAACAAACGUGAUAGUUUUUGUUGAUAAAAAUAAAUCCUACACACACACACACACACACACACACCAACCAUCUAGCUUUGUCUCGUUUAUAAAUUUCCUAAUUCUCCCGGUUAUGGAAUGAUCCUGUGUUCGACCGAAAUACUUGGACGUUUGCUACGAGCACGCCUAAACACUAUCGAGCAUCAUGAUAGGAACGAUGCGUUUGCUUAUCUCGUCAUUGAUAAUUACAAUGCAAUUUUAUGGAAACGUUUGUUUGUCGAACGGUGACGGCGGCCCUAAUAGUCCGAUAUUCAAUUUGGAUCAUACGUCAUUGGAAAAAAAUCUAGCUGCAAUAUUCAUCAAAGUGGCACACAGUUCGGCAACCACGAAACGUAGCGUACCAGCAUAUGACGCACAAGUAUCAGCUAGUACGACAUUGUCAACUGUACCGUCCCCGUUAACGACAACUUUUAGCAGUGGUACGACAAACAACAGUGCCACGAAAUCUAACAAAUCAAUUACGACAACUACGACGACACCGAGAUCUACGACGACGACAACGACGACGAAGAAGACAAAGACGACAAUUAGCACAACGAGUACUACGAUCAGAACUAUAACACCAGCAACUAUUAAUCCAUCGUUACAUUCUAUAAGAAUUCCAAUACCACGUGCAACAGCAGCAUCAUCGGGUAUACGUGAUUUGCCAUCGUAUGCUCCACCUUCGCGAGCCUUAUUUACACCACCUUUACCACCGGAAUACCUUCAUCCGUUCGCCGACAAGCCAACGCUCAGGGGUACGAAUUCUGACGUGCAUACUGGUGCAAGAAGACCCGUACCACCUCCAAGUCUUACACCUGCCCACGAGAGAAUACCUAUCAGACCACCUGACCUAGUCCAAGUGCCUGUUUCCUCCCACGGUCCGGAAAGACACUCGCAUUCCAGGAACAAAGCCAUUAACACGAGCAACAACAACAACGGCAAUUCUAAAUUCGGUAUUGAGUUCGGUGAUAACGAUAAGAGAAAUAAUUCGAACGAAUUCGUACCGACACUUCAUUAUCCAAGCAUAUCCCGCAUACUUUCCGGUAGCAAUGGUAGAAAACAAGACAUUCCUGAGAUUCUUUUGAAACCCCUUGCUACUAAGAGUCCGUUUCAAAACGUACCGUUGGUUAUAACAACUGAGAGAUUGAGCACGUCGACGCCUAUGUUGCCGGUAACGACGUCAACCGCAACGGGAACUACUACUAUGAUGCCAAUUACCAGUAGUACGGUUGAUCCUUUUAAAAAGGUUACCCAACCGACUAUUUUCAACCUGCCAAAUACGAGAAGACAAGAAAACGAUGGCGAUUAUUUGCACGGUAUGAGAACAGAGAACGGUUUCAAAACUGACAAUAUCGAGAUAGUUGAUACCGAAAGACUGCCAAAUCCUCAACCUCAACCACCGGCACCACCGUCUAAGAGACCAAACGACAAAGUGGAUGAUCCUUUGGUACCACACAUAGACACUAAUCCCUUAGAAUCAACUUGGAAAAUUGCCUGGUCACUUCACGUUUACGUAGCGGCCAUCAUGUUUACCCUAAUGGCAUUAUAUUCGAUCUACAAGAUCGUACGUUUCAACGAAGCUACCAAUCUUCUAACCCAAUCAUAUUUCCUUGCGGUACAUCUAUUGUUAACUACCGUAUGCACAUUGAGAUGUUUUCAUUUGUUCUACGAUGCAUACAAUUUGGGACAUUCCUUGCCGGAACCAUUGUCACGGGUUUUGAUGUACUUACCGGCACCGUUGUUGUCGGCUGCAUUUGCAACACUUAUGUUGUACCUGGCCCGAUGCUCCGAGGCACCAUCCUUGAACAAUAAACUUUUGUCACCGGGUGCCCUAGUUUUUUUCUCAACCAUACACAUAAUUCUAUGCGUCUCUCUCCACGUGUCGACUCACGUGUUGGGUUAUCGAGACGAAGCUAAGAUACUACCUCUAGUUUGUCAGUGUAUCUACACCAUCGUAUGCGUAACCCUCGGCCUCUGUUAUGCUUACGUAUAUCGUGUCGUACGUUCUCAGAUACACAUUAUGAACAAUAAAACUGCUGGUGUAAAUCACGUAGUCGCUGGUAUCGAUCCAUCGACAGUGGCAUUGAGCACGGCCAUUACUACGACCAUAGCAACCGCUAUGAUCUUCGUAGUGUUGGGUUUUGUACAGCUCUAUGGUAUAUUUGGCAUACGCGAACGUUCCCUGCCUUAUCCUUGGUUCUGGUGGGGCUGGCAAUUCUUCAUAAGGUUAUUAGAACUCACCGUUUGUGGAUUAUUGGUUUGGGUUGCCAGUCUAUCGCAAUAUCCUUUAAGGGAGAAACAAUUACAACAGCAUCCAGCUCAUUCGGGUUUUGCACUAUUCCCAUGCGGGAGUUCAACGUCCACGGAAAAUAUGGACGACGUGUUGUAUCCAGCGAUAUGCAGUACCAAUCAAGCGAUACAAAAUUAUACCAUGAGGACUGGGAAACAGGUUUACGACGACAGUUUUCCGUUAAACACCUUGCCCGAACAUUUGAACAUAUCAGGUACCUUCGAAAGGCAUUCCAUACGGAAAUCCGGCACGAUGGGUCAUUUUCCCCAUGAAGGACGGGGAUCAUUGAGUCGUCAUGGCAAUGGUGUCCAAACUUUAAGAAAUUCCGAGACCAGGGCCAGGCAUACACCUGUCCCAGCUUUACACGAGCAACCUCCAACAACCGGGUCUACCAUGCUGGUUGCUGAAGAUGGCUUCGUUAGGUUUCGAAGUUUAGGUGCCGAAGAAGACGAAUUGUCCGAUACCCAGAGUAUGGUUGGUACUCAUGGUAGAGGGAGUUCGUUGGCUGGUAGCGUUAGAUAUAACGCGAGGCAUACCAACAUUCAACAUCAACAUCAACAUCAGCAACACCAGCAUACUAAUCCCCAUCAACAUCAGCAUCAACACUCGUUGCAACAGCAUAAUCACCCGAGCCAACAACAUCAGACGACGAGUCAUCAUCAACUUUACAACAAUACGUAGAAGAUUCGUCAUUGGUCGUGUUUAAUUAUUACGAUAUUAUGAUGCGGCUCUCUCUAAGUGAGACAAAUCUACGAUUUCAAUCGUUUAUAUUAUAUCAGCUGUGCAAGGGGUGAAAUAAUUAAUACGAUAUCGAAAUACGGCUGAAUAAUUAAUCGAU